UCAUGGGGAAUUGCUAAUUCCGCAUGGGUGAACUCAUUGAUUCGUGAUGUAUCUAAUCCAUCACCAAGUGAUACAUACUUUUCCACAUUCCGUAAUUUCGACUGGUUUGCCGGUCACAGUUGGGCAAGUGGAAUCUUUGCCUUUGAAGAUGGAAAAAAUGAAGAGUCUACUAGCGAAGAUUAUAAUUUCUACUUUGCUGCAAAAUUGUGGGCUCAAGUCUCGGAGCCCUCCGGCGGAACUGAGAUGCUUAAUUUGGGUAAACUGAUGGAGGUCAUACUGGCAGUUGA